UCUCUUUCAUCCCCACCCCACCCCACCCCACCCCACGUACAGACUUCUCUUUCCAGCACAAGUCUCUUACAAUGGUUGUCUCCUCUCAUCAAUCUCUCAUCUCUUGAUUAUCUUCAAUAUUUUUGUCGAACUCAUCACCGUCAGACGCUCUUAUCUUCAACGAACACAAGUAGAAGGCAGAGCAUCAGACUUGUAACUAUUUUGUAGAGGGAAGAGAAUUAUUUUGAGUCACCUGCUCACUCACUUAUAUUCCUCCCUACAAUUCAUUUGAUCUUGGGUUCAUCCAUGGCUUCUAAAAGAACCUUAGAUCAUUCUUCUUGUUUUCCAGCCUCAAAAAAGAGAAAUGUCUCCUCUUGUUUUGCUUCUUCAUCAUCUUCGACACAACCUCGCUGGACCUAUGACGUGUUCUUGAGUUUCAGAGGUGAAGAUACCCGCAAAAACUUUACUGAUCAUCUCUACGAGGCCUUGGUUCAAGCUGGAAUUCACACCUUCAGAGAUGAUGAUGAACUUCCAAGAGGACGUGAAAUUUCUUCGGAGCUUCUCAAAUCAAUCGAAGGAUCCAGGAUCUCCAUCGUUGUUUUCUCAAGAAACUAUGCUUCUUCGAGAUGGUGCCUUGAUGAGCUCGUGAAGAUCAUUGAAUGCAAGAAAACACUUGGACAAUUAGUUCUCCCAAUAUUCUACGAUGUGGAUCCAUCUGAUGUACGGCACCAAACAGGGUGUUUUGGAGAAGCAUUUGGAAGACAUGAAGAGCGUUAUGUAGAUGAGAUGGAGAAGGUGGAGGUGAGGAGAGCUGUCCUCUUUGAAGCUGCUAAUUUAUCAGGCUGGGAUUUGCAAAAUGUUGCUAAUGGGCAUGAAGCAAAGUUCAUCCGAAAAAUUGUUAAAGAGGUUUUAUGCGAACUGAAACAUACAUUCCUAAAUGUUGUUGUGCACCCAGUUGGAAUAGAUUCUCGUGUUAAACACAUAAAGUCGUUGUUGAGCAUUGGAUUAGAUGAUGUUCGGAUGAUUGGGAUAUACGGCAUGGGUGGAAUAGGCAAAACAACCAUUGCAAAAGCUGUGUAUAACCAUAUUUUCCUCCAAUUUGAAGGGAGUUGUUUUCUUGCAAAUGUUAGAGAAGUUUCAGGACAACUCAAUGGCCUAGUUCAAUUGCAAGAACAACUUCUUUUUGAAUUAUUAGGGAUAAAGAAUCUAAAGAUUGGCAGUGUUGACAGAGGAAUUAAUUUGAUGAAAGAAAGACUCCAUUCUAAAAAGGUUCUCAUUGUUCUUGAUGAUGUGGACCAAUUAAGUCAAUUAAAUACCUUGGCAGGACACUGUGAUUGGUUUGGUGGAGGUAGUAGAAUCAUCAUAACAACUAGAGAUGAGCACUUGUUGAAGGGACCGAAAGUUGAUGAAAGAUACAUGGCUAAGGAAUUGAAUCAUGAAGAGUCUUUGCAGCUUUUCAGUUGGCAUGCCUUUGGCAAAACCAAUCCAUUAGAAAAUUAUGUAGAUCUUGCAAAUGAUAUAGUACGUUAUGCUAGGGGGUUGCCACUCGCUCUUGAAGUUUUGGGUUCUUAUUUGUUUGGAAGAAACAUUGUAGAAUGGAAAAGUGCAUUUGAUAAGUUACAACAAAUUCCUCAUGAGAAAAUUCAGGAGAAACUCAGGAUAGGUUUUGAUGCACUAGAUGAUAACAUAAAGGAUAUCUUUCUUGAUAUUGCAUUCUUUUUCAUUGGAAUGGACAUAUGCUAUGUCAUUACUAUAUUGAAUGGAUGUGGUUUCUUCGCAGAAAUUGGAAUUAGUGAAUUGAUUAGUAGAUGUUUACUGAGAAUUAGUGAAAACAAUGGAUUGAUGAUGCAUGAUCUACUUAGGGAUAUGGGAAGGGAGAUUAUUCGUGAAAAAUAUCCCAAGGAACCUGAAAAGCGUAGUAGAUUGUGGUUUCAUGAAGAUGUAUGCUAUGUUCUCAAAAAAAACAAGGGAACGGAAGCAGUUGAAGGUGUGAGCCUGAUCCUACCCAUGUUGAAGAAGAUACAAUGGAGUAAUAAAGCAUUUGUUGGGAUGCCUAAGUUAAGACUGCUUCGAAUAAAUCAUGUGCACCUCUGUGGAAAUUUUGAACAUCUAUUUGAAGAGUUAAGGUGGCUCUGUUGGCAUAACUGCCCAUUGGAGUAUUUACCAUCCAAUUUUCAUCCAGAGAAACUUCUUGUUUUAGACAUGCAAUUUAGCAGAUUUAAAACACUCUGGAUAGAUGGCAAGCACUUCAAGAGCUUGAAAAUUCUAAAUCUCAGCAAUUCCAAAUGCCUAACAAAAAGCCCGAUCUUCUGCGCACUACCGAUGCUUGAGGAAUUACUGCUUGAAAGUUGUACAGGUUUAAUGGGGCUCCAUGAAUCAAUUGGGCUUCUAGAUAAACUUGUUCACUUGAAUUUGAAAGAUUGCAUGAACCUCAGGUAUCUUCCAAGCAAUAUCUGCAAGUUAAAGUCUAUUAAACUUCUAAAUCUCACUGGUUGCGAAAAACUAGAGGAGUUUCCAGAGCACUUGGGACAUAUGGAAAGCUUAACAGAGCUUCUUGCAGAUGGAACGGCCAUUAACCAACUACCUUUCUCUAUUGGACUACUGAAGAAUCUUAGGAGCUUAUCGUUGAAGGGAUGUAAUAGGCAAUUGACAACUAAAUCCUGGUUUUCUCUCAUUUCAUCUUGGGUUUUACCGAGAAAAAAUCCAGACUCCAUAAGAUUGUUACCAUCCUCUGUUUCAGGUUUGUGUUCCUUGACAAAGCUAGUUCUCAGUGAUUGCAAUCUGUCUGAAGGAAAUUUUCCAUCUAAUAUUUGGAGUUUAUCCUCAUUGCGAACCUUGGAUUUAAGCAAUAACAAUUUUCGUAGCCUAUCAUAUGGCUUCAGCCAUCUAUCCAAGCUAGAAUACCUUCAGUUGAGUAACUGCACGAGUCUUCAAUCUAUCUCAGAUCUUCCUGGUAAUUUAUUGGAAUUAUAUGCUUAUAAUUGUGCAUCACUUGAAAAAAUAUCUGAUCUAUCAAAACUGAAGACUCUAAUAAUGAAGUUGAGUAGCGACCGUCGAUUUGAAUUUGGGCAUAGUCUUUCAAAUUGUAAUAAUGAUGGAAAGGAAGAACCUCACUGUUUUGAAGGUGCACAACUCAUUCCCUUGGACAAGCUCAACAAUAUACGUGGAGGACUCAGUCCCUUGGAUAGGCUCAACAAUUUUCAAAAUCCCCUUCAGAAUUUUCGUCGCAACUACUUCAUGGGCAACAAUUUCUAUACCGGUGACUUGAGCCAUAAUUUCAGCUAUAAAAUAACAGGAUCUUCUUCGAUAUCUUUAGAAGUGCCAGUAGUGCAAAGGGAAGACGACUACAUUUCAGGGUUCAAUGUGGGAGUUGUUUAUUAUAGAACUGGGGAUGAAGAAAACUGCUCCAUGGAAUUAGAUGAUUAUCCAUACCUCAUUAUUACUGAUAAAAUAAAUGGCAUCGAUUUAACUUAUACCCCAACCUUCUUCGGCAUCCCUCAGAGUUGUGUAGAUUAUGUUUGGACAAGCAAUAUAGGAGUUGAAGAAUCUUUUGGGUAUAGAAUUAAAGGUGGUGAGCAAUUCGAGUUUUGUUUCGUUCUGCCGUCACCUUUUAAAGUAAAGAAGUGUGCGGUGGAUCUGAUUGUCUGUUACAACAGAGGCGAGUUCAACUGCUUCCAUGGAUUGAGUACCUACUGGAGCAGCUCACAUUUUCUUUUGAAUAAAUAUGAAUAAAUUACAAAUAUAUUUGCU